GGACCUAAAAUGAAAUUCUUGGCAGUGAUUUUAUGUAUUCAGUAUUUUACAUUGGUAUAUUCUUCUGGACAAUAUUUACUUUCUUCUUCGUACUUUAUUAAACAAGGGCAUGUUUCCGAAACCACGGAUCUAGAUGUUUUCGCGGUUCACAAACUCGAAAUUCCGUCCGUUGUAGAGUGUGCAUUGCAGUGUGGAAUGAACUUCCUUUGUAACGCCUUUGACCUUUGCUUUCUUAAUGAUCUGUACAUUUGUCGAUUCCGCAGUGGACACGCAAACCUUACAAACGCCACUACACAAUGUGAACUUUUUGAAAAUACAACUAACAAAAACUGCCACAAUGGAGCACUCUUUGGAGCUCAAGGACCGUGUGAGAUCAUUCUGCCGAACAUCGCAUUAGGUAAACCUGCCACACAGUCAACAACGCAUACUGAAUAUAUCGCCACGUAUGCAGUGGAUGGCAACAGAGGAACAAACGUUGGUGUAGACAAGUGUGCACACACACGUGGUGGCGACAGAAAUCCCUGGUGGAGUGUGGAUCUACAGGCUGUAUAUACAAUCACAUCUGUCAGAAUACUCAACAGAGGAAUAGAUCAAUACGGAGAUAUGUCAUUCCGGCUGCAGGAUGUUACCGUCACUGUGGGGCUGACAGAAUCUGACAUCAACACUCCCUGUGGUUUCUUUGCUGGUCCCGGUACUGCGUCACAGCUGGUCGUCAUCGACUGUCCGACAUCAACAAAGGGAAGAUUCGUAAAGAUCUCCAAGAUAACUGAGUUUCUCGCUCUGUGUGAAGUUGACGUGUUUGGCGUUCCCGUCUAAUCAUCAAAUGAUUUGGUGUCAUAGAUGAAAAGUUACCGUAUAAAAAUACAUGCAUUUGUUUGUUUAUUCCGGAUAAUUUAUUGUGUAUCCUCUUUUUUUUCAAUUCAGCUGGACAAGUCUUACUUAUGCCUUCAGUCAGUUCAAGCAUACAUGUAUCUUUUACAACAUAUACCAUUGCAUACAAUGUAACAGAGCACUGAAAUCUUAUACCACUGCUUUGGAAUCCAAUACCAUAACAUAUAAUCUCAUGAUUGUCAAUCAUCAUAUCAUUUUUAAAAGUUUUAUUAUUACAGAUCAAUGGUACACUUAAGGUUCUGAUCAUUUUAGUUCAAAUGUUUUGAACUCUUCUGUACACUGCGGGUUUUUAGUCAGAUUUCAUUGCACCCCAUUGUAUCAUUAAGCCUUUCAUUUCAAAUAUUCAUAGCACAGCAUACACAUUUCAUAGCGUGUUAUUUAAAAAAAGUAUAGCAUAUCAUUGAAAUGAUAACCAUAGCAUAGCAUAAUUAUAAAAGACAUGCAUGAAAUGUGUAUUUACAUGUAUUUGUUAGAGUCUGUCCCAAGAUAUUUCAGCAGCACAUUUGGGCGAUUUUUUUUAAUAAAAAUACACAUACAUGUGAAAUAAGUGCAAUUGAAAUAAUUGAAAGGGAUAAUUUCCAAGAUAAUUUCAUUGACACAUUAUUAUCUUUCACUUGGAAAAACACACAGGAGCGAAAACAGAUUCCUUACGGAGAUUUAUAAUGAGGAAUGUUUACAUUUAUUCUCCAUUCGGAAUACAUCGCGUAAUUUUUCAACGUAAUCAUCAGGGCUCGCUGCAAUACAAAAUCCCCGUAGACAUCACAUUUUUGGCAUUGUAUUGGAACCUGAUAAGCUAACAGGGGCGUUUUGACAGAGAAAUCUUGGAACCCUGAGUGUUUAUAAAUAUCAAGAAAAUAAGCAAAAUGUGAACCCAGGAUAUCUUUGGACAGAGUAUACUUAUGUUGCGUGAUGACUCUAUCUUAUUAUCUCAUUUAUACCACAUACACUGAGUGUGAAUUUAUCAUGUACCUUUAUACAUGUAUGUAUCAAC